AUGGUUGCAACUAUAUCCUACCAAUUUAAAUUAAUUCUUGGCCUCAUGCUUUUAUGCACAUUCAUUCAUAUCAGCAGCAGUAGACACGCGUUUAUUGAUGUUGAUGCCAGUCUAGUGCCACCGGAUAAUGCAUUCAUUUAUAAUUAUGCUGUUAGUAAUGAACUAUUGGAUAAUGACAUACCUUAUGAAGAUUCAUAUUACCCUAACAAGCUUGCCAAUCAUAAUAUAAUGCGUAUGGCUAAACGAAUAAUUAUGUUACCUCGUGUUGGUCGUCGAUCAGUUCAAUCAACAUAA